AUGGCGUCUUCCACCAACAGCCCCGCGCCGGCGCCACACGUUGCCGCCAUGGCCGAAUGGACAUGCCCGGAACAACAGCGUCAACUCUACCUUGGACAUCGCUAUCCCGAGCCAACCUGCCAUGUUGCAUUCAGCAUGCGCUUUGACGGACACACCCGAGCAGCUUUCUUCAAGCUCCGAGUGCCCGUCGCGCCCAAAUGCCAGUCCAAGAAGACCAACAUCUUCGUCUUCGUCUAUCCCGAACGCAUCUCGACACUCGAACAGUCUACCCCAUCUGAGCUGCCGGAAGCCGUGCGGAUUGCGUUUCCUAUCUUAUCCAAUAAUGCUAUUCUUCAACUACGCUUCACCCUGUCCACUCCGUGUGCUAUCAUCGUUCCCGCCGAAACUCCACUCGCGCCCAAGUCCGCUGCCUCCGUGAAUUUGCUCCGACGCGUUUGGUCUCUUACACAAGCUACACAGCUCACCGUAUAUUUCGCCGCCAAAGGCCAACCAAAGCACUCUCUCGCAACCAUGUGUGAACUGGCAAGCACCAACAAGCUCAAGUCCGACCCCUCUGAACUGCGCCUGGAGACACUAUACGCUGGAAAUGGAGCCAAGGCUAUCGAAGGUGUAGACCUGGUCUUCCCGUUUGACCACGAGGGUCCUCCAGAGAGUCCGCCUUCGUAUGAUGAGCUCGCCCUCCCUCCGCCGCCUAGACCUCAGGUUAAAGAGUCGCAGUCUCUCGCCACACUAGAACCGCCCAGGAAGAAAUCCAGGCUGCGAAGUCCUUCGCCUAAUCCUGCUGCAGAGCUGGUGCAAAAGCAAGCAUUACAGCUGAUACGCGACGAGCUCCGAGAAGAGAUGCGGCGUGAAGUGCGUGAACAGUUCCUACAAUCUGAUGAGGAGUGGCGCAAGAAGAUGCAGGAGAUGCGAGACGAAGUCCGGCAAGAGCUUGCGCAGCAGUUACGGGACCAGGCCAAAGAAGAGGUGACACAACAGAUACGAGACCAGAUUAAGGAGGAGGUCACGCAACAUGUGCAGGCCGAGCUGCAGCAACUGCAAACUCAACACAAGGAGAGACUUCAAGAACUGGAGGACCUUAUCGAGCAACGGACAGAAUCUCUUCGGGAGGACUUGCUACAGGACAUCGAGGCCGUCGCCGACGAGACGACCGAAAUCGUCGAUUUGCGUGUUGACGAGCAAAUAUUGAACAUAAAAGAUGAGCUCAAGGGAUAUAUGGCCGAAGAAAUAAAAGAUGUGGAGGAGAGGAUUAAAGACGAUAUCGAACAGGGCGAAGUCUCUUUCCAGUUCACUAGGUAA